GAGCGCUGCCCGGGACCGAGCGGGGCGGCGCGGCUGGCGGGGCCGGCGGCGGCCGGAGCGAGAGCGCGACGCGACGCGACCGCGGCUUCCCGAGCUGCGCCUGGCCGCCCAGCGCCGCAGCCCGCCCGAGGCCUGGAGGGGUCCGGGCCGCCGUCCAUGGUCGCCACGUCCUGAGGCGGGGGACGCGUCCGGCGCCCCCAGCCCUCCUCCGCCUGCUGCUGUGGGGCGGGCGGCCUCCUCCGGCGCCUCCCUGCGCCCGCCCGCCGCCUCCCUCCCUCCUUCCCUGCGGCUCCCCUGGCUUUCGGAGCCCGGGGGCGGCCUGUGGCGCGCGGAGCCCGCGCCGGACUGCGCCUCUUUGGACCUUGAGGGGAAACAUGCGUUUGGCGUGGAUCGUUUUAAAUUCUUAGUUUGGGGUCCCCGCCCGCCUGCUUCUUCCGCCCCGCGGAUUUUCUGCUUUUUGCUUUUUUGGUUUUUGGUUUUUUCCUUUUCUUCCUCCCGGUCUCCUUUUUGACUCCCUCCCCCUUUAUGCUCGCCCAGCCCUCCCCCCGCUGCUGAGAAGUGGGGGAGGGUCUCGGCCUCCAGGUUCCCGCCCCACCGAGGCCCGGGCGAGCAUGGGGGGCAAGCAGAGCACGGCGGCCCGCUCCAGGGGCCCCUUCCCGGGGGUUUCCACCGAUGACAGCGCUGUGCCCCCGCCGGGAGGGGCGCCCCACUUUGGGCACUACCGGACGGGCGGCGGGGCCAUGGGGCUGCGCAGCCGCUCGGUCAGCUCGGUGGCGGGCAUGGGCAUGGACCCCAGCACGGCCGGGGGAGUGCCCUUUGGCCUCUACACCCCCGCCUCCCGGGGGACCGGCGACUCGGAGAGGGCGCCCGGCGGCGGAGGGUCCGCGUCCGACUCCACCUAUGCCCACGGCAAUGGUUACCAGGAGACGGGCGGCGGUCACCAUAGAGACGGGAUGCUGUACCUGGGCUCCCGAGCCUCGCUGGCGGAUGCUCUACCUCUGCACAUCGCACCCAGGUGGUUCAGCUCGCACAGUGGUUUCAAGUGCCCCAUUUGCUCCAAGUCUGUGGCUUCUGAUGAGAUGGAAAUGCACUUUAUAAUGUGUCUGAGCAAACCUCGCCUCUCAUACAACGAUGAUGUGCUGACUAAAGAUGCGGGUGAGUGUGUGAUCUGCCUGGAGGAGCUGCUUCAGGGGGACACGAUAGCCAGGCUGCCCUGCCUGUGCAUCUAUCACAAAAGUUGCAUAGACUCGUGGUUUGAAGUGAACAGAUCUUGUCCAGAACACCCUGCGGACUGACCCUGUCGGGCUUGCUUGCCGAAUCCUCUCAAAGGUUUAUUUUAUUUAUUCCAAGUAAAUGCCCAGUACAGCUGAUGAUGUCAGACAAAUCAGGGACAUUUGCUCUUUUACCUUCACCUCAAAACUGAUGGCAAGGGGAGAAGAAAAGCCAGGGUGAGAGUGAGGCAGAGGGAGUGGAGCCUGGCCCUGCGGCGUGGGUCCAAAUCCCCAGCAUGAUGUGUGGCUUCGGGGGGGCCACCUGGAAGGAACCACAGACGCCCCAGCCAGCCUGCUCUCGGCAGGACACCUGCUGCCACUGUGGGACGCAGCAGUCAGAGGCCCUCGGCCAGACGGAGCGCGGCUGACUUACUCCGAUCCACACAGGGACAGACAGCCCUGUUCCUGAGAGGAGGCUCAUCGGACACUGGGGCAGAGCUGAGCUUGGGACACCAGUGGGAACAGGGCACCUCUUCUGCACUGACUUCCAGAAAACGGUUCUCCCUCCUCCCUGAGGACACCAGAUUGGAUGAGAGCGAGUUGGAGAGAAGAGUGAAUUGACCGCUAUCCUUCCCCUCACCCCUCAGCCCAGGAGGGAAAGGGCAUUUUCUUUUUCACCUUUGAAAGGCAUUGUGGGUCUGUCUUUAAAGUGUUUACAAAAAAAAAAAAAAAAAAUUAUAUAAAAAAAAAGUCUAGUGUCGACUGGUGUUUUCCCUCGUGAUGUUUACAGAUCAGCUAUAACCCACUCAGCGACAGAACCAAACAUGGCCAUGUCCUUGCCACUCAUGCUCUGACGGCGGGCAGGCGGGCACACAGUCUCUUCCUUCGCUCCGCACCCAGUCAGCUCUUUGCGCCACCAACUUCUACAUGGGGGUUGGGUUGUUUUUCUUUUCUUUCUCCCUCCCAUUUUUCUGGCUUGGUUUUGCACUUUUCUCCCCAAGGGACCCUAAUAUCUUGGUUUCAUUGCCCCCUGGCAAAAAAAAAAAAAAAAUCCAUCAAGGAUUUCCUUCACCUCCUCUCAUGUCUUGCCCCUUCUUUCCUCCUGGUUCUGGUCAA